UGAAGCUAAUCCCAUGUAAUUUGAUUAUCACCUCAAGACAUCUAACACAAUACUUGUUUAUCAGUCAAUCCCUUCAAUCUUAAGAGAACCUUCCUGUCUAUGGGCUGCUGAACCUGUCUUUCUCUAGCUCCACUUCAAACAACUAAGAAAACUACAUGGAAGGAGGUAGGUCUUUAUCAUGCGCAUCGUCCUCCCUCCCCUUCAAGCUUCUUCGCCAAUCUCCACAAAAGCAUUCGUCUGCAACUAAUCUCUAGAGUAAUCUUAAUCUUAGCAAACACCGCUGAAUAGUCCCAUAUAUAUUGGUACUACUUCUUAUUCAUUUGUUUAUUAUUAUUCCUAUGACCUAGCAACAUAGCCAAGCCAUUCCUUCAAACACCAAUGUAAACUACAAGAAUGGCUUAUGAGACGGAUAAGAUUUUGUUUGGGGCCUUCUGUAUCGGUUAAGUGUCGCUGUAACGGGUCAUUAUAACAAUUUCUUUGUGUCUUCAUCGACAAAAGAAUGAAAGGGUUUCAGUUAGAAAUGGACUUGUCCAUGAUUAUGCAGAAGACUUGGCAUUUCAAUUGAAAGGGAAAGAGCUCCUACUUAAACAAACAAGCUCAUUACCAUAAACUCACAAUGCAAAAUGGCUUCAUCUCUGGUUUCUUUCUUGACCACCCGAGCCAUAGUCCUCUUACUUGUGAACAUAUCUUUCUCAUUCAACAAUCUGGCAGCAAAACAUAGACACCAUGCCACUCAUCACCACCGUUUUCAUAGCCACUCCCCUACAUCAAACCUAAGACUCCACCAAGCCUAUAUUGCCCUCCAGGCAUGGAAAAAAACAAUCUACUCUGACCCAAAGAACUUCACUACCAACUGGGUUGGUCCUUCUGUGUGUAGCUACACAGGCGUGUUCUGUGCACCAGCUCUUGAUGACCCCGAGAUAAGAGUUGUUGCUGGCAUUGACCUCAACUCUGGUGACAUAGCUGGGUUCCUCCCUAAUGAAAUAGGCCUACUCUCUGACCUUGCACUUAUCCAUCUAAACAGCAACCGCUUUUGUGGCAUCAUUCCAGAAACUUUAGCCAACCUUACACUUCUCUAUGAGCUUGAUCUCAGUAACAACAGAUUUGUAGGUCCUUUCCCUUCUGUUGUGCUCCCUCUUCCCACUCUACGCUUUCUUGAUAUCCGCUUCAAUGAAUUUGAAGGGCCACUGCCUCCUGAGCUUUUCAACAAAGAACUUGAUGCAAUAUUUGUUAACAGCAACCGUUUCACCAAAAUGAUUCCACCAAAUUUUGGUAUAAGCACAGCCUCAGUGGUGGUGUUUGCUAACAACCGGUUCGGGGGCUGCAUUCCACCGUCUAUAUCCAACUUUGCCAACUCUCUAGAGGAACUUGUUUUAAUCAAUACCAGUUUGACAGGGUGUUUGCCACAAGAGCUGGGAUAUCUCUACAAAUUGAGGGUGUUGGAUGUGAGCUCUAACAGUAUAGUUGGUCCUAUACCAUACAGCCUGGCAGGUUUAGCUCACUUGGAGCUACUAAAUCUUGGGCAUAAUAUGCUAAGUGGGAUUGUAUCAGAGGGAGUGUGUCUUCUGCCCAGCUUGAAAAACUUAACAUUCUCAUAUAACUUCUUUUGUGAGGAGCAGGGAAUAUGCCAGAAUUUGACAUCAAGAAAAGGCUUAAAGUAUGAUGAUCGUCAAAAUUGUUUUCCAGAGAAACCAUUGCAGAGAAGUGCGAAGGAAUGCAAUGCCACUCUUGAGCACCCUGUUGACUGCUUCGAGCAUCCCUGUACUGGUGCUGGAGGAGGUGGUGCUAAAACUGCUUUUGGAACUGCUUAUAUUCCUGCUGCGGCACCAGCAAUAGUGCCAGUGUCCUCGCCUUUUAUCCCUCCAAGUUACACAUAAAGCAACCAUAUAAGGUAGUAACUUUCAGAAGCAAAAUAAAAUCCAAAUUUGGGUGAUACAAUGACCUUGUAAAUUACUCGUGUGCAGCUUGUAAAUAGAUAUACCUAUGAUUAGAAGAAAUCACAUCU